ACGGCAUAGCAUAUCCCCACACUUUUUAUUUCACAAUAUAGCCUAACCCCAUUGUAUAUAACUCAACGCAAAUUCAUCUCAAACAAAAAAUAAAAAAAAAUAUUCCCCUUUCUUCUCUAAUUGUCCAGCAUGAAGGACACUAUUGUUCUCUACCCUGCUCUUGGUAGUGGACACUUGAUGUCCAUGAUUGAAUUAGGCAAACUCAUAGUAACUCAUCACCCUUCAUUUUUCAUCACAAUUUUAAUUCUUACACCACCCAACAAAAACACCCUUUCUCCACAAGAACAAUACAUAGCCUCAGUUUCUUCCACAUUCCCUUCAAUCAAUUUUCAUUACAUUCCUCUAAUUUCACCCCCCACAACACUUCCACCACCACCUUUACUUACCCUUGAGCUCUCUCACCAAAGCAAUAACUAUGUUCACAAUAUUCUCCAAUCCAUUUCCAAAACCACAAACCUCAAAGGAGUUAUCUUAGAUUUUCUCACAUAUAAUGCCUCGAAAGUCACUACAAAGCUUGAAAUUCCCACUUACUUUUACUUCACUUCAGGUGCUAUUGUUUUAGCCCUUUUCCUUCACUAUCCAACUAUUCACCAAAAUGCUACAAAACCCAUUAAGGAUCUCCAUACGCCUCUUCGAAUUCCUGGGUUACCAAAAAAUAUUUCAACAGAUGAUUACCCUGAUGAAGCCGAGUUUUUCCUUGAAUCGGCAAAAACUAUGAGGCAAUGUGAUGGGGUUAUUGUGAACACUUUUGAUGCUAUUGAGGGAAAAGCUAAUAAAGCUUUGAAUGAAGGAUUAUAUAUUCCUGAUGGAACUACUCCAUCCAUUUUUUGUAUUGGACCAUUGAUUACCGCUUCUUAUGGAGAAGAUGAAAAUGAGUGUCUAAGUUGGCUCGAGUCGCAAUCUAGUCAAAGCGUCGUGUUGUUAAGUUUUGGAAGCAUGGGAAGAUUUUCUAAGGCUCAGUUGAAUGAGAUAGCACUUGGAUUGGAAAUAAGUGAGCAAAGAUUCUUGUGGGUUGUUAGGAGUGAGUUGGACUUAGAGGAGCAAAGUUUGGACGAGUUGCUUCCUGAAGGGUUUUUGGAGAGGACAAAGCAAAAGGGAAUGGUGGCAAGAAAUUGGGCACCACAAGGUGCAAUAUUAAAGCAUGACUCGAUUGGUGGAUUCGUGACACAUUGUGGAUGGAACUCGGUGUUGGAAGCUAUUUGUGAAGGAGUGCCUAUGGUGGCGUGGCCAUUAUAUGCAGAACAAAGGCUGAACAAGGUGAUUUUGGUUGACGAGAUGAAGGUUGCUUUGGAACUGAAGGAUUCAAAAGACGGGUUUGUGAGUGGAACCGAGUUAGGGGAUCGAAUUAAGGAAUUAAUGGACUCCGAUAAAGGGAAAGAGAUUAGGAAAAUUAUUUUCAAGAUGAAAAUAAGUGCUAAAGAGGCAAGAGAAGAAGGUGGAAGUUCACUUGUUGCUUUGAAUAAUCUGGCACAGUUGUGGAAGCAGAAGAAGCAACCUAGUAUGGCGAAUUGAUUAACAAAAGAUUGUAAUGUUAUAGGGAUAUUGUUUGCCCCAAUCACAAGUUGUUUUAUUGUCUAAAAAAUAUUAAAUUUAAGAAUAAAAAAAUGGUUUAGAAAUUGUGAUUCAAAUACCUCGGUAGGAUUUGUGGAUUGGUAAUGGUGUAGAAAUUUGUAUUUGAAUAUCUUGGACUCCUUUAACUUAUUUUUGUUGUUA